GGAUUUACUCCAGCAUUCAUGGACUGCAAGCAGAUCACUCACUAACAUCCGGAAAACGAGGCUGCUACUGAAAGAAGAACAUGGCUUUUGGAAGGUGGAAUUCAGACUGAGGAAGUUGGAACUGUCCUCAGUAAGCUCUUGGUGUGUGGAUCAUUCAAAUGGGUUAACUAAGAGUUACCAGGAACUCUGCCCUGGACCCCAGUUCUGACUUGAAGACACAGAGAGGAACCAAACCUCUCAGGAAGUUCUCAGUCUGUGAGAGACAGGCAGAUCCAUCAUAACCACAAUCUCCACAUCCCAGAGAGCACAGGGGCAGCUCUGCAGAGCAUGACUUAGUGAUUUAGAGCCUCUCCAAAUGUAGGAAGCCCAGCUGGGCAGAAAUGGAGUGGGACAAUGGCACAAUCCAGGCCCAAGGCUUGCCACCCACCACCUGCGUCUACCGUGAGGACUUCAAGCGGCUGCUGCUGCCACCUGUGUACUCAGUGGUACUGGUGGCCGGCCUCCCACUCAACCUCUGCGUCAUUGCCCAGAUCUGCAUGUCCCGCCCGGCUCUGACCCGCACAGCUGUGUACACUCUGAACCUGGCCUUGGCUGACCUCCUGUAUGCCUGCUCCCUGCCCCUGCUCAUCUACAACUAUGCCCAAGGUGACCACUGGCCCUUUGGAGAUCUGGCUUGCCGCCUGGUGCGCUUCCUCUUCUAUGCCAACCUGCACGGCAGCAUCCUCUUCCUCACCUGCAUCAGCUUCCAGCGCUACCUGGGCAUCUGCCACCCCCUAGCCCCCUGGCACAAGCGUGGGGGCCGCCGGGCUGCCUGGCUGGUGUGUGGAGCUGUGUGGCUGGCGGUGACAGCCCAGUGCAUGCCCACUGCCAUCUUUGCUGCCACGGGCAUCCAGCGGAACCGCACCGUCUGCUAUGACCUGAGCCCGCCGUCCCUGGCCGCCCGCUACAUGCCUUAUGGCAUGGCCCUCACAGUCAUUGGCUUCCUGCUGCCCUUUGCGGCCCUGCUGGCCUGCUACUGCUGCCUGGCCCGCCGUCUGUGCCGCCAGGACGGCCCUGCAGGGCCUGUGGCCCGGGAGCGGCGUGGCAAGGCUGCCCGCAUGGCUGUGGUGGUAGCGGCUGCCUUUGCCAUCAGCUUCCUGCCUUUCCACAUCACCAAGACAGCUUACCUGGCGGUGCGCUCUACCUCAGGCGUCCCCUGCCCAGUGCUGGAGGCCUUUGCUGCCGCCUACAAAGGUACGCGGCCCUUCGCCAGUGCCAACAGUGUUCUGGAUCCCAUCCUCUUCUACUUCACCCUGCACAAGUUCCGCCGGCGGCCGCAUGAACUCAUACGGAAACUUACAGCCAAGUGGCAGAGGCAGGGUCGCUGAGUCCUCCUGGGCAGGACCCAAGGUGGGGCAACUGUCACUGUGGCCAGGACACCAGAAGUUCCACCAACCCUGAAUCAUGCGAGUCACGGAGUAGCCCCUUGAAGACCCCAGAUCCCUCUGUGGGCACAGAGACCAACAGGCCUGGGCCUCCAGAAGUCCCCAGUCACAGUUAAGAAAAUCAUGCUAAGGGCUGGGGAUGUAGCUCAGUUGUAGAGUCCUUGCCUGGCAUGCAUGAAGCCCUGGGUUCAAUCCCCAGCACUGCUAAAACUCAAUCAAUAAAUAAGAU